AAAACAAGAGAGAAAAAUAUGUUUACAAAAUCAACCAAUAUUCUGUAUAAUAUGGUGUAUGUGUGUGCAUGCAUUUCAAUAGCGAAUGCAGCAAACUACACGUGUCUCGUUGGCAACGACGCUCCCCACCCACAGGAUUUCAACAGAGUGAUUUUCUGUAGACCUCACGAGGUGUGUUAUCUGGAGGAAUACGUGACACCUGCGGGGCUUAUCAGAUACAAUGCUGGGUGCAAGAACGAGAUACAUAUAACGCAAGGAAAUGAGUGCCAUGACACGACAGUCUCAUCACCAAAUAUCCUUGUAUGCAGUCACUGUUGCCGCGGUGAUCUGUGUGCAUCUUCUAUGUGCGGAAAUACUGGUUAUCCUAUCAAUACCGGACCAGUUUGUUAUUCCUGCCCGUAUCCAAUUGAUCAGUCGGACCUGUGUGACACGAUAAGGAUUUGCAACCGGAAUGAGAAAUGUGGUUUUUUCGUGAAUCAAGAUGGAAGAUUUGAAGUAAAGUGUAUGCCAGACAGCUCCUGUAAUCAAGCAAUGACUACAAGUAGCUGUGCGCGUUGCUGCGAUUCGCAGUUGUGUAACAGCGCCUGUGACAACCCGAACGCGACAAACAUACCUACAUCAGGUACGAGAAAAACAUAA